AUGAGCUAAUAGUAAGUUUUACAAUAAAAAAAUCAACAAACAAAAGGAUAUUUAGAGAAUGGAAGGAUAAGUUAAAUAAGUAACACAUCAAAAUAGAGCCAGAACAAGGCUGAGGGAUUUUAACAAAAUUAAUUGAUUCACAAAAAAAGUAUACAUGAUAUUUAGCAGAAGCUGUCAGAAUCACCUACAAAGAAUUCAAGAAUUAGUAAAAGACUUGAAGAUGACGCCUCUUAGUCUGAUUGUAUAUAUCGCUCUUAUAAGUAAAUUAAAAACGAGGAUAUCCAAUUUGGUGAUCUUGCUAUAAAUGGAUUUAAAUUUGAUAAUUAGCUUACUGAAUAAUCUUCUAUCAGAUACCUUAAUGAAUAAGAUGGUAUAAAAGAGUUGCUAACUUUAGAAGGAGAAUAUGAUGAUGCUAUGAGCAUAAAAUAUAUAAAAAAUAAUGAUCAAUCGAUUUAAAGGUUAAACCAAGAUUAACCUCAUGAAAUUUAAAAUAUCAAACUAAAAGCUAAAGAUCGCUAUCUACAAAAUAUUUAGUAGAAAGAUUUAAAAGAUGAAGAAACUAAAGAGUGA